UUACGUGUGACCGGAGCCGAAGUUUGUUUCAAAGUUGAAGACCCUACAUUAGUAACAAGUUAUCCUUUACGUGUUAUCAUUAAUAAUGUCUCCGGGUAUGUUGUUAAAGUAGGCAGGGUGAAGACAGAACGUGAAAGCUGGAUUCUUAAAUCAUUUACAGGGUUUAAUGCACUUGCAACCAACCCACACACACCUUACCCAACAAAAGAAUGGCUUCAACCAAGACGUUAUAAGGCUCAUUUAAUGGCUAUUAAAAUACUAUGGAAUCGUGCAUCUCAUAAUAGUUCAAACCUUAAAUGUCCUAAUGAUGUUUUGGAAGCCAAAGAACUUGUGCUUGACGAGAAUAAUAAUUUACAAGAAUUGGAGAGAGCUUCGGGAACGAAUUCAUUUGAAGAUCAAUUUUUCUACAAAGCAACCGAAUUGGCAAGAUCAUUGAGAAUAUCUAGAGUAUACUUGUCAGCAAAUUCUGGUGCAAGGAUUGGAUUGGCGGAAGAAGUUAUGAAUCAUUUUAAC